AUGAUGUCAUCCAAGCCAACAGCCUACCUCAGAAUAUGUGAAACCAAACCUAAUCCUUACCCACCAAGCUACUCUAUGGCUCCUGGGUCUCAACAACCUCUGAGUUUCAUCAGCCUAGGAAACCAAGCGCAGAGUGGUCAGCCUGCCUUCAUCACUUCUCCAGGAACCUUCACCAACAGUCGGCAGGGUCCAGGAAAUAUACAAAUGGUAAAUUCAGCUAGAGGAGAAGCAGCUACCAACUUUAAAGAGAAGGUUCUACCAGGAGAAAGGAAGGCCAGUAUUAACCCAGAUCUAACUGCUCCUCAUCAAAAUGAUGGCAAGGAUGAGGGUGGGAAGCUUAUAGCCAGAUGCUUGAAUUGCUGCUCUGGAGAAGAGGCAAUCCAGAUCAUGAUUGGAUUGAUGCACACUGACUUCGAAAUUAUUUUGGGUUUAAUGGCCUCCAUUUAUAACCAAGUUUUGGGUUUUGCUUCCUUGUCUUUUACUGGCGGAUAUCCAUUCUGGGGCGACCUCUCUUUCACUAUUACUGGAGCACUCUCUAUUUCGGCAUCCAAGCAGUUUUCCCCUUGUCUGAUAAAAGGCAACCUAGGAAUGAACAUUGUUAAUUCUGUCUUUGCCUUCAUUGGGGUGAUUCUGUUGCUGGUGGAUGUGAGCAUUAAUGGGCUGCCUAAUCAAGACUACUGGGCAGUGCUUGCUGGGAAAGGAAUUUCAGCCAUGCUGAUCAUCUUCUCUCUUUAGGAGUUUUGCAUAACUUGUGUCACAGCCCAUUUUGCCAGCCAAGCAAUCACCAACACCAAUGGGUCUGUCCUGGCUAUUCCAAUUGUGUAUGCAAAUAGUCCCUUGACCACAGGGUGGUCCUCAGUUCCUCCCAGAAAUGAUGGCCACCAAGCUCACACCACCUAA